AUACCGGACCCGUGUCAGACUUCGGCAAAGAUGGCGCUUCGGGCAGUUGGGAGUCGUUUGUUGCACUUUCAGAAGAACAGUUUCAAGACUGUCUCCAUCCAAACACUUGUCAGAUUCAAAAAAACCUGUCCAGUUGAAGUGAGCCGUCUGGAUCAUUUGGUUCUAACGGUGAAAAGUGUGCCAGACACCAUCAACUUUUAUACCUCAGUUCUUGGCAUGGAGGUCAUCACUUUCAAGGGAAACCGUAAGGCCCUGGGUUUUGGGCAGCAGAAAUUUAACCUUCACCAGCUGGGUCAGGAGUUUGAGCCCAAAGCCAAGCAUCCAACCUCAGGCUCUGCAGACCUGUGCCUCAUCACCAAAACCUCCCUGGCUACAGUAGCUGCACAUCUGAAGGUCUGUGGGGUUGAGAUAGAGGAGGGUCCAGUGAAGAGGAGUGGAGCUGUGGGGACCAUCACCUCUCUGUACUUCAGAGAUCCAGACCACAAUCUCAUUGAAGUGUCUAACUACAACCAGUCAACAUUAGAGGGAUCUUCUUGAGAUUUCCUUUGCGGUGUUCGUGAAUACAUCAAACACAGUCUGCUGGACCCACUUUGCACAAUUGGAGUUUAAGCUAUGACGUUUUAGACCAAAAUUGCUGUAAUUCAAACAACAACAGCAACAACAACAGCAGUUGGCUGUGCAGAGACACUGUUUUCUGUGCAGCUCAGCUGAGCAGGGAUUGCUAUUUUAAUUAUGCGUAGAAAAGGCUGUUUUAGUAAAUUAAACACCAUAAGAGAAACUGAAUACUUAUAAGGGCGAUUGCUUUUUUAGCUGAAAAUAAAAGGUUCUUUAUAUAUAUAUAUAUAUAUAUAUAUAUA